ACCAGGCCUGUCUUCUCUUUUCCCGUUUCUUGCAUGUAUUAUCUAUGACCUUGGCCCCUCCUUUUGAUUCUCGGGAACACUCUAUUCACUUCUUCACCCUCCUCGAUACCCUCCGAUUCCGUCCUUCCUUUGUCCUCAUCUAAAUCGGAGAUUUGCUUAUGGUUCCCAACUGUGUGGUGAAUACAUUCUUUAAAAUCAGUCUCGUCACACCCUGAAAGACUGAACUGCCAUACGUUUACCACGACUUUCCAGUACAUGAUCUCAUUCGCUUUCAACUAACUCAUCUUGGGAAAGCCCUGUGCCGUGGGCAUAAGGUGCUGACUAUCAGCAAACCACCAUGAGAUGGGGCGCUCGCGUUGCCUUAUGUGCUAUUCUGGCACUCCUCUUGCCGUUGUUUAUUUUGAAGAAUCAUCUCGAAGACCUCUGCGAUCAGUACCGCGCAGGCGCGUAUGUGAUCGAUUGGCUAAAUCUGGGGUCCACCAGAAAAGGGGACAUUUUCCCUCAACGAGUCGAGCAAGGUGAUAAAGUGAUCGUGAUGGCCAGGUUGCAGGAGGAGCACACUGACUGGGUCGAACAAGAGCUACCCGACUGGCAACGAGCCAUCUAUGUCGUGAAUCCCUCCAAAGCAGCCGCAGCCGACAGCCGACAACUCACAACCCCUUUGAAUAAAGGCCACGAGUCCAUGGCCUAUUUAACCUACCUGAUUGACAACUAUGACAGCCUGCCGGCUACAAUUGCGUUUCUCCACUCCCAUCGAUCGGGCUUCCUGAUGGCAUGGCAUGUAGAUGCGCCCUUGCACGAUAAUGUCCUUGCGAUGAAAGACCUACAACUUGACUUUGUCCAACAAAAUGGCUAUGUCAAUCUACGCUGCAAUUGGAACCCCGGGUGUAAGCAGGACCAUCGCACGAACCGACAUGUGACAGAAGAAGUGUUUACAGACAUCUUUGAGGGCACAAGCACCCCACCUAUAAACUCUACAGGUAUCUCAACCAUGCAAGACCAAUUUGAGCUGGCGCAGGAUCAGGAAUUUUUGCGAAUGCCAAAACGGGUUGCUGCGGCGUGCUGUGCGCAAUUCGCUGUGUCGAGAGAGCAGGUACUCAAACGACCGAGAGAAGACUAUCUUAGGAUUCGCCAGUGGAUUAUUAAUACAGACAAGGAUGACGCCAGUAGUGGUCGAGUGAUGGAGUUUCUAUGGCAUGUCAUCUUUGGUAAAGAAUCGAUAUACUGCCCUGAUGAAGAAGUCUGCUACUGUCAAGUAUAUAGGCGAUGCUGACCGCCGAACAUGCCAUUGUUGCCACUACAUACAUUCUUUUCCAUACCCCCAGCUAUCUGUCAGGUCUUCUUUCUCGGCAUUUCUUCUUUGUUUGUAUACAUAGUGGCCCGAGGGGGUUAGUAGUAUAGAUAAUCGGAAGGCAGAGCCAAGGAAGAUGGACCUGUGUAAAAGAGUGAAUCUGCUUGAUGAGACCACACUUGAAAAAGGAAUAUAUGCGUUAGAGC